AUCGAUUUAAGUCUGGAUUGGGUUGGUUAGGCUGUUCAUUCAUGCGCGAAGCAUCUCUGUAGGUUUUGUUUAUCUCUGUGGUGUAUUUUAUACAAGUCUUGUAUUUAUUAAUAAAUUAUGGCUAAAGUUGUAGAAUGUGUGCCAAAUUUCUCGGAAGGACAAAACAAGGAGGUUGUUGAGGCCCUGGCAAAUGCAGUUAUGCAGACUGACGGUUGUCGUCUACUGGAUGUUGACCCAGGCCCGUCAACGAACCGCACAGUGUUUACUUUUGUUGGUUCACCUGAUGAUGUUGUUGAAGGGGCACUUAACAUGUCUAGGGUUGCAUUCUCGCUGAUAGACAUGACCCGGCAUAAAGGAGAGCAUCCUAGGAUGGGUGCAUUGGAUGUGUGUCCAUUUGUGCCUGUAGCAAACGUUACAAUGGAAGAAUGUAGUGAGUGUGCUAACAAGUUUGGUAGCCGCUUGGCAGAGGAGCUGAACGUACCAGUUUAUCUGUACGGCCACGCUGCAGUCAAUGAUGCUCGAUUCAAGUUACCCGACAUCCGUACUGGUGAAUAUGAGGCAUUGCCAGAAAAGCUUCAGCAGGACAAAUGGAAGCCUGACUAUGGACCAGCCGCAUUUGUACCAUCCUGGGGCGCUACGGCAACAGGGUCCCGUACAUUUCUGAUAGCGUUCAAUGUGAAUAUCUUAGGAACAAAGGAACAGGCUCACAGAAUUGCUCUUAAUCUGCGAACACAAGGACGAGGCAAAGACCAGCCUGGAAGACUGCAACAGGUGCAGGGAAUCGGAUGGUGGUUGGAGGAGGCUAACAUGGCACAAGUUUCCUUCAAUCUAACUGACCCAGAUGUAACUUCAAUGCAUGUUGCGUAUGAAGAGUGUCUUAAAGAUGCUAAGGAGGUGAACGUUGGAGUUUGUGGAUCCCAGGUCGUUGGCAUUAUUCCCCUGAAGGCCAUUCUGUCCGCCGCUGAGUAUUACAUUCAGAGGGACAACCUGUUCAUCUUGGAGGAGAGCCAGAAAGUUAGAUUGGCAAUAAACCGACUUGGCCUCAGCUCUGUUUCACAAUUUAACCCAAAAGAUCGAAUAAUUGAGUAUAUGAUAGAAGAUGAGAGUGAAGCAAACACAUUAACAUCGUUAAGUCUCAGGUCGUUCAUCCGUAACAUCGGAGCACGUACACCAACACCAGGUGGAGGAUCAGCAUCGGCAGCUAUUGGAGCAAUGGGGGCAGCAUUGUGUACGAUGGUUGGCUGGAUGACAUAUGGAAAUAAAAAAUUCAUGGCUUUGGAUGGCACAAUGAGGAAGUUGAUUCCUCCUCUGUAUGAAGCCAUGAAUGCCCUCAUUCCACUGGUAGAUGCAGAUGCUGAUGCUUUUAAUGCAUUUAUGAGUGCCAUGAAACUACCAAAAACAUCUGAUGAAGAUAAAGAAAAACGUGAUAUAGCACUCCUCUCCACAACUAAGGCAUCCAUAGCUGUACCAAUGCAUACUGCAAUCACAGCUAACAAGUGUUGGGAGCCCAUGAAGGAGCUAGCCGUCCAUGGCAAUGUCCAGUGUAUCUCAGAUUUACAGGUUGGGGCUCGAGCUUUGGAGACAGCCGUGUGGGGUGCCUAUUACAACGUGAUGAUAAAUCUACCAAAUAUGACAGAUGACGCCUUCAAAACUAAAGCCAAAAGCGACAUCGACGAGGCCUUAAAGCAAGCCCAAGACGGCGCUGCAGCAGUUCUAAAAAUAAUUGAUGAUCGUGUUAACAAAGGAUAAUGUGUCAUUGUCACCUUGUAAACCUAUCUGAAUAGAAUAUAUCAGAGAGUAAUAUUUUUAGGAAUAUGUGGGUGUGUGUUUGUGUGUGUGUUAGAAUUGUACAUGGAAAAUUAUUUUCAACAUAUAUUUAUGUUACUUUUGCGAAACACACAUCACACUUUACCAACUUGACUGUGGUUACUUAAAAGUUGCCAUGUGUAAUAAUGCACAAAACGUUUGUUGUUAUGGGAUAAAUUGCACUUUUGUGAACUUCCUAUUAUAACUUUUUUUCUAAACUUUAUCAUCUUUUAGGAUGAUGUAAAAUUGUUGAGUAUGAUUAUCAAAUUUAAGUUAACAUGAUAUACUCAAUUUGUAUUGCUUUAGCACUAGGUACUAGUGGCCAAAUAAUUGCAAUGAUUUGUUUUGAGCUAUUAUAUUGUUUAGUACUUAUGUGUAAUAUUUGCUAGAAAUACAGUACUUGAGCUUGCCCAGUUUUCCUUGUUUGUAUAUAGUACUUCAAAUCAAUAAUAAUUGAGGAACAUCUAGAGACAAGAGUACUUGAGACAAUAAAGUAUUACUUUUAUGGUAACAAAAUCAUAUGCUCUUCAUUUCAGAGAUACAUCUAUUAUUAUUUCUGUAUAUGUGUACAGUACUAGCUAGAAAUACAACUGUACUUCAGCCUUAGUCAAGCUUUCUCAAAUUGCAAUUACACAUAGUGUUUUAAUCCUCUUUAAAUGUCUGUAAAUUUUAAGCUGUUAUUUUUCGAGCGAUUUGAUGCAAGUCAUUCCAUACAGUACAGUACAUAUCCAAGUGAUGAGGUCAAGUGUUGUGACGAGUUCAAGUAAUGUGAUAAGUUCUAGGUCAUGUCAUGUGAUUACGUCCUGUGAUGAGAUCAUGUGUUGAGAUGUUAGCCCAUGGUAAUCCUGUGAUAAAACCAUCAUUGGCUGUUCAUUUUAGAGAUUCUUUAUAGAACAAUUAUAUAAUUAAUUAUGAGUUUUAAAUUAUAUUCUUUUACAAUAUUUGACUUAGAUUUGUGAUUUUAAAACAAUUGUGUGCUUCAUUCAGAACUUUUCUGAAUGAAGGAUUGUACUAAUAAAUAAAUCAAUAAAUAAAUGAAGGACAUGAAUUCUUAGACAUUACACUUAAGGAAGUGACAUUUUGGGAACAUUAAUCAUUACUUUAAAAUUGACUAAGAAUCAGUGGAUUUGCUAACAGUAGAUAUGUGCUAGAGUGUACCAUUCUCACAUGUUAUAUGAAAUGAUAGCUUGAUAAAAUUAGGCCUAUAUUGUUGAUUGCAUCUUCAAAUAAAAUCUGUGACGAAUUUCA